AUGGGCAAGCUUGUGAGGCAAUGUGACAUGGAGGUCAUGAAGAUGGCCAUGCUCAAGCACGAAGAGACCUUCAGGCAACAGGUUCACGAGCUACACCGCCUGUACCGCAUCCAGACACAGCUCAUGGGGGGCGACCUGAGCACGCGCCGGCAGCCGCGGCGGCGCGGCAACAAGCAGCCACGCCGGGCGCUCAACCUGCAGCUCCCCGCCGACGAGUACAUAGUCGGAGCCGCCGACGAGGACGACGACGGCUGCGGCACCGGAGCAGAGCUGGAGCUGACGCUCGCCGUGGGAGGGAGGAGGACCGGCUCCGGCACUUCCCGCAAGAACAACGUUAGCAAGAGAGGACAUGCCAAACACGACGGCGCCGGCGGCUUCUCCUCACCCUUCGCUUCCGACUGCUCCGGCGGCACGAGCCUCUCGUCGUCGCCGCCGUCGUCGGCCGAGUACUCGGAGAGCGCCUUCGGGGUGGCGCUCCACGGCGGUUACCCGGGGGUGGCCGCGCCUCCGCCGCCAUGCCAGAGAGCCAUGACGUUCGACCUCGGCGUGGCGGAGGCGAUGAAGCAGCACCAGUCGCCCUGGCAGCUGGUGCAGUGCCAGUACCUCAGCCUCAGGAUGACAUGA